AAAUUCAAUAACAUAUCGAUAAAUUAUUUUUGUCGCACAUAGCCGACGCAUUUCUAAUUUAUAUAAAAAGAAAAGGAGCGACAAAUAUCUACAAUCUCGAUGAUCUUUUUCGCAUUACACAUAAAGACUAUUUAAUAUUUGAUAGAUCUUUAUAAGAACUACAGUACUCAGAUUUAAUUUUUUGCGACUCACUGUACAACGUUUAUUGGUCUUUUUGGAGAGUACAAGUUUUUCUUCCUAAAAAAAUAAACGAAACUAAAAAAUUGAGAAUGAUUAAAUUUCAAGUUUCUGCACCAGGCAGAAUGAUUUUAUACGGAGAACCUUUGACGAUGUAUGGAAAAAAUGUUGUGGCAGCCAGCGUAGAUCUUCGAACUAGGCUCAAAUUUUGCGAAAUAAUCGAUAAUAAUAGAAGAGAUAUCGUUAAGAUAGAGUUUCCCGAUGUCGAUUUAAACUUGAACUUAUCUUUAACUUCGAUUUUAAACUUUUUUUUUUAUGAGGAGACUGAUCUGUUCCUGUAUGAUCAUAUUUGGUUGCUUAGGCGAGUGCAAUAUUUUAUCACAUUAAACGGUAUGUGGAGCACAUACGCGCAGAAAUUUAGCUUACAAACAUUCUUUUUCCUGUUUAUACACAUCGCUAAUCAAGAGAUAUUUGAUAUAAGACCUUUUCACAUGCACUUGACCACGCAAUUAUCAAUGCGCGCUGGUCUUGGCAGUUCGACAUCGUUCACGGUAUGUCUCGCGGCGGGCUUUCUACAUUGGGCGCGUCUGCAGAGAAAUGUUGACGGCGCAUUUAAUCAUGAUGAUUUAGAAAAAAUCUCGGGAUACGCUCUGAAGUGCGAGGAAUUAAUACAAAACUAUGUACUCAAACUCGAUCAUGACGUGUGCUCACACGGUCAAAUACUAAGAUUUUACUACAACUCGCCAAGACUUAAUAUUAGAGUCCGUAAACUGAAUGCGCCAAGAAUGAAGAUCCUGCUGAUCGAUUCAAAAAUUCGCCAAAAUAAGAGAGAACAAAUGAAGAAAUUAGCGGAAAUGAGAUCUUCUUAUCCCACUUCCGUAAACAUCGUUUUUAAUAUAUUAAACACAUUAUCAAAGCAGGCUUUUAGUAAUCUUGCUGCAAUUAAUAAUAUUCAAAGAGACAAUUUAUAUCAAUUACAGGAAAAGUACGCAGCAUUGAACAUCUGUAUUAUGUUAAAUCAAGAAAUUAUUCAUGACUUGGGAUUGUCGCAUCCAAGGUUGGAUAUUAUUUGUGCGAUUACGAAGAGAUAUGGUUUUAUGGGAAAACUCACAAGUUUUGGUGGAAGAUAUGUAUACAUUAUGUUGCCGCCAUAUGCAUCAGAAGAAAGUAUUACGAAUCUAUCAACACACUUAAUGAUCGAGGGUUUCAGUGUCACAAUGACCAGCAUAUGUUGUAGUGGAGUGAAAAUUGACUAAGUUGUAAUAAUUUGAGAUAAUUUUUUAUAAUAAUUUGAGAUAAUUUAGUUUAAAAUAAUUAAUUUUAUAUAAAUAACUAAGUAAUAACGAAUAGAUAAAUGUGAGCAAUAAAGUAAGAUUACCAAAUUUGUGAUAUUAUAAGUGAAGAAGGAUAAACAAUAUAUGCAGUUUUGUUUAAUAUAUCCAAUUAAAGUUUUUAUUCUUUUUGUAAUAUUGUAUUGAAUUAUGAAGUCAUAAGCAUAGGAGUCACGUAAAUAUUUUUAUUGCGAAAUACAUCGAAGAAAAUUAGUUUUUUCAUAUACUAUCUUAUUCGUUUUUGAAAAUAUAAGUUGAUAAAGCGACACGACCAAUGAAACUUUGUUUUUCAUGGAUUAAAUAUAAAUAGUUAUAUAUCAUAAUCACAGAAUCUAGCUUUAAAUUAUAUGAUCGAAUUAUAUAUAUUAAAUGAUAUAACUCGAUGAAUACUGCAUUUUAUUUUAUAUCUCAAUUAUAGAAUAAUCUAUAUCAAAUUGCAUGUACUUUUUCUUUCUCACAUCUGCUGUAUAAAAUAUUAUACAUACCAACACAGAAACACAUAUACGGAUUUGUACAUAUACUGUGAAGCGUCAAUAUGUAAACAUCGCAUACAAUGUCAAUACAAAUUAGAUGAUGAUAAUUUGGUUAAUUAUUACAUGGCCAAGUUUCAUAUCAUCCUCAGUUUAUGUAUAAGUAUUGAUUUUAACAAAUUAUUAUGGAAGCAUUAAAAAGUUUUAACAUUGUAAUCGAUAUUUAGAUCCGUGACUUCGGAGUGCUAUUAUUGUUAUUGAGACAAAAUCAGUUACCAUCAAGAUGCGAAAUUGUACAACACGAAAUAUAAAUACUAAAUAUUAUUGUGUGCAGUAACAAACGUUCUCAAAUAAUUUUCUCGAAUAAUUAUGUCUAUUUUUUCUUAUCUAUGUUAUACAAUUUUAAGUAGAAAACAACGGUAAAAAACGAAAAUCGGAUUGAAUUAUAAAAGGAGAAUUCUCUCUAUAAUUCAAUAAUUCUUCUCUCGAAAAUAUUACUAACAUUAUAUACAAUAUAUAUAUAGCAUCUAAUUAUUAUGUAUAAAAAAUUUAAAAAAAUAUGUGCACACACGCACAUAUACAUAUAUAUAUCUAAAUGAUGAAAUAUGUAUCUAUAUAUGUUACCUAAUAGUAUAUCUACUGUACUAGAUUUGA